AUGCCUUAUGCCAGAUCAUACCCAGCUGCCCCAUCACAGCAUGCCUUAUGCCAGAUCAUACCCAGCUGCCCCAUCACAGCACAUCUUAUCCAGGCCAUACCAAGCUGCCCCAUCACAGCACGUCUUAUCCAGGCCAUACCAAGCUGCCCCAUCACAGCACGUCUUAUCCCAGGUCAUACCAAACUGCCCCAUCACAGCACGUCUUAUCCAGACCAUACCCAGCUGCCCCAUCACAGCACGUCUUAUCCCAGGUCAUACCAAGCUGCCCCAUCACAGCACAUCUUAUCCAGGCCAUACCAAGCUGCCCCAUCACAGCACAUCUUAUCCAGGCCAUACCAAGCUGCCCCAUCACAGCACGUCUUAUCCCAGGUCAUACCAAGCUGCCCCAUCACAGCACAUCUUAUCCAGGCCAUACCAAGCUGCCCCAUCACAGCACGUCUUAUCCCAGGUCAUACCAAGCUGCCCCAUCACAGCACGUCUUAUGCCACACCAUACCCAACUGCCCCAUCACAGCACGUCUUAUGCCAAGCCAUACCAAGCUGCCCCAUCACAGCACGUCUUAUCCAGGCCAUACCCAGCUGCCCCAUCACAGCACGCCUUAUCCAGGCCAUACCAAGCUGCCCCAUCAUAGCACGUCUUAUGCCAGGCCAUACCCAGCUGCCCCAUAACAGCACAUCUUAUGCCAGGUCAUACCAAGCUGCCCCACCACAGCACGUCUUAUCCAGGUCAUACCCAGAUGCCCCAUCACAGCACGUCUUAUGCCACACCAUACCCAACUGCCCCCAUCACAGCACGUCUUAUGCCAAGCCAUACCAAGCUGCCCCAUCACAGCACGUCUUAUCCAGGUCAUACCCAGAUGCCCCAUCACAGCACGUCUUAUGCCACACCAUACCCAACUGCCCCAUCACAGCACGUCUUAUGCCAAGCUGCCCCAUCACAGCACGUCUUAUCCAGGUCAUACCCAGAUGCCCCAUCACAGCACGUCUUAUGCCACACCAUACCCAACUGCCCCAUCACAGCACGUCUUAUCCAGGCCAUACCAAACUGCCCCAUCAUAGCACGUCUUAUCCCAGGUCAUACCAAGCUGCCCCAUCACAGCACAUCUUAUCCAGGCCAUACCAAGCUGCCCCAUCACAGCACGUCUUAUGCCACACCAUACCCAACUGCCCCAUCACAGCACGUCUUAUCCCAGGUCAUACCAAGCUGCCCCAUCACAGCACAUCUUAUCCAGGCCAUACCAAGCUGCCCCAUCACAGCACGUCUUAUGCCACACCAUACCCAACUGCCCCAUCACAGCACGUCUUAUGCCAAGCCAUACCAAGCUUCCCCAUCACAGCACGUCUUAUCCAGGCCAUACCCAGCUGCCCCAUCACAGCACGCCUUAUCCAGGCCAUACCAAGCUGCCCCAUCAUAGCACGUCUUAUGCCAGGCCAUACCCAGCUGCCCCAUAACAGCACGUCUUAUGCCAGGUCAUACCAAGCUGCCCCACCACAGCACGUCUUAUCCAGGUCAUACCCAGAUGCCCCAUCACAGCACGUCUUAUGCCACACCAUACCCAACUGCCCCAUCACAGCACGUCUUAUGCCAAGCCAUACCAAGCUGCCCCAUCACAGCACGUCUUAUCCAGGUCAUACCCAGAUGCCCCAUCACAGCACGUCUUAUGCCACACCAUACCCAACUGCUCCAUCACAGCACGCCUUAUCCAGGCCAUACCAAGCUGCCCCAUCAUAG